AGAGGAUUGCAGAAUGCUACUCAUUGGUUAUUUUACUACCUUAGUAAUAACACAACACAUAACAGUAAUAACUCUCUUAGACCGAUAUGAGACGUAUGAAGUGAAAUAGAAGCGGGUUGUCUUCAAUGUUUGAAGAAGUGGUUCAAACUUGAUGAGUAUUAUGAAAAGCAAAUCAAACCUCAAAAAUCACAUGAUACCCACAAAUUUUCAGUCUCAUCAGAGCAUCAAACUAAUAAAGUCUUGUUUAUAUUCCGGUGACUUAAAACAUGCACGCUUCCUGUUCGAUAAAAUUCCUGACCCAGACUUGCCCACAUGGACCAUUUUAAUUUCAGGCCAUACUCAACAUGGAUUUCCUAAGAAAGCCAUAGAUAUCUACUCCACAUUGUUGUCGCGCCAUGCAAAACCUGAUAAAGUCGUGUUACUAUCAGUAGCUAAGGCUUGUGCAGCUUCUGGUAAUCUUGUCAAGGCUAAAGAGAUACAUAACCAUGCAAUUCGUUUCGGGUUUAACAAAGAUCUUUUGUUAGGUAAUGCUUUCAUUGAUAUGUAUGGGAAAUGUAAGUCUGUUGAUGGAGCUAGAUGUAUUUUUGACAAUUUGGUUGUUAAAGAUGUUGUUUCUUGGACUUGUAUGGUUUCUUGCUAUGUUAAUUGUGGCAUGUGUAGACAAGGAAUAUUAGCUUUUAGAGAGAUGGGGUUGAAUGGGAUUAGAGCUAAUUCGGUGACAGUUUCAUCGCUUUUACCUGCUUGUACAGACCUGAAGGAUGUGAAAUUGGGAAGAGAGAUUCAUGGGUUUGUUUUUAGGAAUGGAAUGGAUGGGAAUGUUUUUGCGACUAGUGCACUAAUGAACAUGUACGCUAGUUGUUCAAGACUUAAGCAAGCCAGGUUUGUGUUUAAUAGUAUGUAUCAGUGUGAUGUUGUCUCAUGCAAUGUAAUGUUAACAAUGUACUUCUCGAAUAAAGAAUGUGACAAGGGUCUCGCUUUGUUUUAUCAAAUGAGAAAGGAAGGUUUCAAGCUAAAUGAAGCUUCAUGGAAUGCUGCAAUUAGUGGUUGUAUGCAGAAUGGUAAACAUGAAUUGGCAUUGGAAAUAUUUUGUAAAAUGCAAGAUUCAGGGUUUAAACCCAAUAAGAUCACAAUCGUUAGUGCCAUACCUGCUUGCACAGAUUUGGAAAGCUUCAAGGGUGGCAAAGAGAUUCAUGGUUACGCCCUUAGGACCUGUUUUAUUGAAGACAUAACAAUAGCAACAGCUCUAGUUUUGCUGUAUGCCAAGUGCGGGGAUUUGGAAUUUUCGAGAAAAGUUUUCAAUAUGAUGCUAACAAAAGAUGUCAUUGCUUGGAACACCAUGAUCAUUGCUAGUUCGAUGCAUGGGAACGGAGGAGAGUCAUUGAUGCUUUUCCACAAAAUGUUGGCCAUCGGGGUCAAACCCAAUUCCGUUACAUUUGUAGGUGUCUUAUCGGGUUGUAGCCAUUCUCAGCUUGCUGAUGAAGGUCUUUUGAUUUUCCAUUCAAUGGGUUCCAGACAUUCAAUAACUCCGGAGGCAGAUCAUUACUCGUGCAUGGUUGAUGUACUAAGCCGUGCUGGUCGGCUAGAACAAGCCUAUGAGUUUAUCCAGAAAAUGCCUAUAGAACCAACAGCUGCUGCCUGGGGAGCGUUGCUUGGGGCUUGUAGAGUGUAUAAAAAUGUGGAUUUGGGGAGAGUAGCAGCAAGUAAGCUGUUUGAGAUCGAACCACGUAACCCUGGAAAUUAUGUGCUAUUAUCCAACAUUUUGGUUACUGCCAAACUGUGGGUUGAAGCGUCAGAAAUAAGAAAAAAGAUGCGAGACAAAGGACUUGCAAAAACACCAGGGCGUAGUUGGGUUCAAGUGAAAAAUAAGGUAUAUUCUUUUACUGUUGGAGAUAAAUGUUAUGAACAGAGUGAAAUGGUGUAUAGAUUUUUGGAGGAGAUGGGUGAGAAGAUGAGGCAAAGUGGGUAUCAGCCUGACGCUGAUUUUGCUCUACAGAAUCUAAACAAAGAGCAAAGAGAAGCAGCUCUUUGUAGCCAUAGUGAAAGGCUGGCAGUUGCCUUUGGGAUACUGAACUCGGGAGGAAAGUCGACAAUUAGAGUGUUCAAGAAUUUGAGGAUAUGUGGGGACUGUCAUAAUGCUAUCAAGUUAAUAGCCAAAAUCGUCGACAUGCCCAUCACUGUAAGAGAUUCCUUUAGAUUCCACCAUUUCAAGGACGGAUCUUGUUCUUGCCGUGAUUUUUGGUGAUCAAUCAAAUUAUUUCCGGAUACAAAUUUUAUCACUUCAAUUCAUGAGUGCAGUAAUGCCUGUUUUACCAUGUCAUAACCAACAUUCGUCCAUACAAUCAGAAAGUUGCAAUUACAUCACA